AUGGGAACACCAGCGGAGGGACCGCCUCCGAUGGACUACCACGGCUCACAGCACCACUACACCACCACCGCCGCCGCAGCCGCCAACUCCAACUCCAACUCCAACGCCAACGCCAACACCAAUAACACCACCACCGCCGCCGCCGCCGCCGCCAACCACACCAAUGACCCCCAUAGCAAUGGCCUCAUCCGCCGCGCCACCGACGACGCAACCUCGUCGUCGUCGCUCGCCCCCCACGACCGCCUGGCCUUUCCCUCGCGCUCCGCCACCGACCCCGGAGAGCACAACCAGCCCGCCGCCAAACCAAAGCGCACCGGCAAAAUCUGCGGAAAGUGCGGAGAAGGACUGACGGGCCAGUUUGUGCGCGCCUUGGGCGAUACCUAUCACCUGGAAUGCUUCACCUGUCACUUUUUUCCCGUUCCCGAGAAGCCACCUGGUCAGUACCCGCUGUGCGAGACCGACUAUUUCCGACGCCUCGACUUGCUCUGCUUCGAGUGUGGCCAGGCCCUGCGCGGCUCCUACAUCACGGCCCUCGACCGCAAAUACCACAUUGAGCACUUUACCUGUUCCGUGUGCCCCACCGUCUUUGGCGCCUCGGACAGCUACUACGAGCACGAGGGCAGCGUCUACUGCCACUACCACUACUCGACAAAGUUUGCCCAGCGCUGCAACGGCUGCCAGACGUCGAUUCUCAAGCAAUUCGUCGAGAUUUUCAGAAACGGCCAGAACCAGCAUUGGCACCCGGAAUGCUACAUGAUCCACAAAUACUGGAAUGUGCGCCUCCACUCGACGGGCCAGCCCGUCAUCGAGCACCUGCACGACGCCGACAGCGAUGCUACCGACGAGGUGCGCGAGACGGUGCGCCAGCAAGAGGAGGAGAUUGAGGCCAAAGUCAACUGGAUCUGGAAGACGCUGUCGGCCUUUGAGGAAAAGUCGGCCACGUGCAUUUCCGACAUGCUUCUGCACGUCAGCAACGGCGCCUACGUCGACGGCGUCAUGGCCGCCAAAAAGUUCAUUGUCCACGUCGAGCUGCUCUUUGCCGCCGCAGACGCCCUCGACGCCCAAUUGGUCGUCAAGACGCCCAAGGGACUCACCUACUCGCGCGAAUCAAAGCUGCUCUGUAAGAAGGUGGUUGCUUUUUUCGCCCUCUUGACCCAGUCCCAGGGUACCGGUGUGCGCCGCCUGGGCGUGACCCAGGAGCUGUUGUCCUUGGUUACCGGCCUCGCCCACUAUCUGAAGCUCCUCAUCCGCAUUUGUCUGCAAGGCGCACUAAAAUUAGAGCGCGAAACGCGAAGCUCCAUUGGCCUGACCAACUUUCUGACCCAGGUCAACUCCCUGGAUGCGCGCCUAGAGGACGAGGCCCAGAGAGAUCAGGCGGCCGAGUCUGCUCGCCUGGUCCCAAGAUGGGCCGACGCGUGUCCCAUUUGCGACGCCCAGGUCGAGGAAAAGUGUUUACACCUAAACGACAUGUCGUUCAACUACAGUUGCAUGAUUUGCCGCGCCUGCAAUGCCGACCUCCGCCACGACACGCGCAACGCCUACUGGGUCCAGUCCAAGAGAAGCGUCUUGUGUCCCGCCUGCGCUGCCACCAGCGCUGAUGCUGAAAAGGGUUUUGAGCAAGUCACCAAACUCCGCCAGUAUGUUCAUCUGCUAAACGUCGCACACGCCCGCCUCAUGGCCACGCUGCGCUCCAGUGGCGCCUUGCCCCAUACCUCAGAUGACCCUAACUUGGCAGGCUAUGAUUCCUCCCAAGGACAUCGCCUGGGAGACGCCGACAAGGACGGCCAGCCCCCCCACCUGCGAUCAGACACUCGCUCCAAAUCCUAUGGCGGCAUGUCGACCACCGAAAGCCAAGUCAGCCAGAAUGCCGCUUACGAACAGUCCAUGUCCGAUAUCAAACGCCUCAGAUCGACUCGACUCGACAAGCAUCUCUCCAACACGAUGAAACGUGCCCGCGCAUCCCGUAUCAUCGACGGUCCUGAAGGCCUUGAUUCGGCUGGAGGCGAGGGGCAGUUGCGGGGUGGCAUGCAGAUUGUCCAAGAACGUGAAGGAAACGAAACCGACGCAGUCACCCUCGCCGUCAACUCGCUCGCUCUCGACGAUAUUGCGCGCAUGGCUGCCCUAGAACAGCAACGAGAGCAACGGCCCAAUGCUUUCCGCGCCGGUGGCAGCGCUCUGCUCGGACGAGACGAACAAGCCAGGCUGCAGACUGGCCACCGCCGCGACUUGUCCGGUGCUCAGGAUUUACAGCUAGUCAGCGAAGGUCGCCCACGCACCUACUUCUCAGAGCUUUCACCACUCGAGUACUUUAAGCUCAAGGGCCUUGCUGUUCUCCAGCUGGGACUUUUACUCGACGAUAGCCAGUACAACCAGGGCGACUUGCUCGACCUGAUUGAAUCGAAAAAGAACAACUUCUGGGGCAAGAUCGGAUUCGGCAAGGCUUUCAAGGGCGAUAAAGCCAAGCCAAAGAAGAACAUGACCAGCGUUGAGAAGCCCGUUUCCGACAAGGCUACAUUCAGGCAGUCUCUCGAAUACCUGGUUGAAAAGUUUGGCGACGAGUGCACAGAGGGUGUUGGACCCGGCGCUCUCAAGGUUCCGGCUCUGCUCCAGGACUGCAUCACGGCCAUGCGAAACAUGGACAUGUCUAUAGAGGGUGUAUUCCGAAAGAACGGCAACCUCAAGGCUCUACGUGAGUUGGAGGAGGAGAUUGACGCCAAUGGCGUCCAAAAAGUCGACCUGAACAACAAGAAUCCCGUCAUCCUGGCCAAUCUUCUGAAGCGCUUCCUCCGAUUGAUGCCUGAGCCGGUCCUGACGUUGAAGCUCUACAGACUUUUCAUGGUCGCCAAUGAUAUUCAGGAUGAGGUCCAACGAAAAAAGGUACUACACUUGGUGCUAUGCUUGCUACCCAAAGCCCAUCGUGAUACCAUGGAGGUGCUCUUUUGCUUCCUGAAUUGGGUGUCGUCAUUCCACACGGUAGACGAGGAAACAGGCAACAAAAUGGACACGUGGAACAUUGCGACUGUCAUGGCACCGAAUAUUUUGCGCGAGAGCAACGACAAAGAGGUCAAGAGCGUCGACCAAGGUGCGGUCAAGGUGGUGUUUGACCUGAUUGAAAACAACGACGAAUUCUCAGAGGUGCCCCCAGAAAUCAUGGAACUGCUUAGCGACGAAACAUCCGACAUGAGCGCCAAAGAAAUCAUGCGACAAUGGGAGCAGCGUGGAAAGAAUCCCAUUUCGGCCUCUGCACAACAGCCCAGAGAUCAGUCUGGCACCGCGUCUCGGAAGGACCAACGCAACGCACCCCAGAUUACCACGGCGGAUAACAAUCCCUCUGUUCAAGCCAGCGAGACGGCAGUUCGUCCGAUAGCAGGGGCAGGUAGCCAUGCCAGGAGCCAACACAGUCCCGCCCCGCCGACGGAUCGAGGCACGCCCAACCCUACCUACGGGCCCAAUCCACAACCGCAGGCAGAUGGCCACCGGACCGCUUCGCCUCAUCGACAUAGCUAUCGCUCGCCGGGAUACCAAAAACAUACACAAGUGGGCACAGCAGGUGCCGGGUAA